AAUGCAGUAAGUGUCCAACUUUGUACUGCAUUCUAACUCUGCCGUGAGUGGCGAGAAAAUGGAGGACAAUCCCAGGAUUUGCACUGUGUGCUUUUUGUAAGAGGACAUCGAAGGACGAUCCUUGGGCAACAAAACACCAAACGGAUAAUCUACAAUUUUACUUAAAUUUAAAUAAAUUCCUUGGAUUAAGGUACCACUUGAAUCACAUGGCAAAGAUGCAUACCAGACUGGGAUGGAACAAGUGUGCAGACGUAACCCCUCACAUGUCUUGGGAGGAGGGGGAGUGUGAGCCCUGAAAGGGGUGCUGGGAUGUGAGUAGGCCAGCAUCCGGCACGAGCCAGAGCCAGAGAGGCAGCAGCAACGAAGACGAGCAACAACAGGAAUCCUAAUCUUCCCUUGCAUCUUUCCCACUGCAGCCUGUUAUCUAUUCAGGUCAGACUGAGCCUGGUGUGAAGAAUUUGUGUGUGAGAGUACAGGGCACGUUCACUCAUGAGGCCUAAGACUUUCCCUGCCGCCCCAUAUGUGGGCAACACGCGCCAGCGCCUGCAGGAGAUCAAGGAGGGACUGAAACAACCUGCAAAGCUGGUGAGCCAGGCGCUUCAUGGAGGGAGCGCUCGAGGGGAGGGGGGCAGAGGUGGGGACUCUAAGGGCAAAGACCAAGCUGGAAGGCAACAACAGCUCCGGCAGCCUCAGAAGUUCAACAACUACCAAAAUGCCCUGCGAGAGAUCCGCAAGUCUCUAUUGCCUUUUGCCAAUGAAUCAGGCCCAGGAUCCAGCUCAGGACAUCCUGGUGAAGUCAAUAGACAGAUGCUGCAGGAUCUCGUCAACGCUGGUUGUGAUCAGGAAAUGGCAGUCCGUGCCCUAAAACAGACUGGCAGCCGUAACAUUGAGGCAGCAUUGGAAUACAUUAGCAAAAUGGGUUACCUGGACCCUCACAAUGAACAGAUUGUACGUGUCAUCAAACAGACUUCCCCAGGAAAAACUGUCAUGCCAAAUUUAAUGGACCACAGGGCGGCAAUGGAGGGCACUGGGGAUGGUGCAAUGCCACCUUAUCACCAAAUGGGAACACCACUGUAUGAGGGAGCUGGUUAUGGGGCUGAGGGUGAGAUUCCUCGUGCAUACAUGGGUGGACCACCUGUCAUUAACUACAUGCCACCACCUGCCAACACUUCACAGGGUCCUACCAUGGGAAACCCAAUGGGUCGUCCCGCAAGUAUGGGUGCCUACUCCACAAGCAUGGCUCCCCAAAAUAACCCUGGGAACCCUAUGUACACCCCUGGUCCAGCCCAGCAGAAAGGAUACUCUGGUGGGAUAGAUCAGGCCAUGAUGGGCUACAGUGUGCCUGGACCACCCAUGCAAAUCCAGCCUCAGCCCUCGGGAGGUCCUGGCACUCAUUAUGACUACAGGCCUCAUAUGAUAGAAGCCUCCAGCUACGGGGUAAAACGAAGUGCUUCUUUCCAAAAUAAGAUGACCCCACUAACAUCCGAAAACUAUGUUAAUAUGCCAGGCAAAGGAGCAAUGGGCCAAAACGCUGGUGGCUAUCCUCCUAACUUAUAUCUUCCACCACAUUCGCACCCACGCCAAGCCAGUCCCACCUCACACCAGGUUCACAUGAUGCAGCGCUCCCCUGGUGUUGCCCCUGGAGCUAUGGGUGGUGAGUUUUCUGAUGUUCCUCAAGGCCUCCUCACUCCUUCCAGGGCCAGUCUGAACCUCGACCUCUAUGAGCAUCACUGGCCAGGAGCCCAAGGUCCUGAAGGGACUCCUCCAGCCAGGCAACCACAGGGGCCCUUUCGAGGGGAGGUACGUGUCCCUAGUAGGACCAAUUCUUUUAACAACCACCAGAAGGUGACCGUGAGGCAGGCACUGCCUCCUGCAGCUAGUGUUGCUGGCAAGCAGGAUGCAUCUUUGGGUCUGCCUAACACAAUAACUGCAGUGACCUCUCCACCAAUCCAGCCACCUGUAAAGAGUAUAAGGGUCAUGAGGCCUGAGCCAAAAACAGCAGUGGGACCAUGUCAUCCAGGCUGGCUGAGUGCCCAAGCCCAGGAAGCACCAGAAUCUCAUGGAUACAUGCCAGAUGACACUUUUACCUUGGAGCCCAAUCAAGAACACCGCUGUCCACCUCCACCCUACCCCAAAACACUGCUCCUGCCUGGAUCUGGACCUGGAACUGAGCCUGCAUCCCUGGAGACUGGAGCCAUGGGUGGACUUCAAGAUGUCAAUGCUACAAGUAGAACUGUCCAGAGUGCCUCAGCAGGAAAGCAAGAGGAACCUGCCUCCAAAGACAAAGUGAAGACAGGCAAAGGAGAGAAGGCCUUGAAGGAUAAGAAGCAGAUUCAAACUUCACCUGUGCCUGUGCGUAAGAAUGCCCGUGAUGAAGAGAAGCGGGAGUCGCGCAUUAAGAGUUACUCUCCCUUUGCCUUUAAGUUCUACAUGGAGCAGCAUGUGGAGAAUGUGAUGAAGACCUAUCAGCAGAAACUCAACCGCAGGAUGCAGCUGGAGCAAGAAAUGUCUAAGGCUGGCCUUUCAGAGGCAGAGCAGGAACAGAUGAGAAAGAUGCUUUACCAGAAGGAAUCCAAUUACAACCGACUACGACGUGCCAAGAUGGACAAAUCGAUGUUUGUCAAAAUCAAGACACUCGGCAUUGGGGCCUUUGGUGAGGUGUGUCUUACACGCAAAGUGGACACGGGGGCUCUGUAUGCCAUGAAGACUCUACGAAAGAAAGAUGUUCUGAACCGAAACCAAGUAGCCCAUGUGAAAGCAGAACGAGACAUCUUGGCAGAGGCUGACAAUGAGUGGGUAGUCAGGUUGUACUACUCAUUUCAGGACAGAGACAGCCUGUACUUUGUCAUGGAUUACAUUCCUGGAGGAGAUAUGAUGAGCUUGCUGAUCCGUAUGGGGGUUUUUCCAGAGCCCUUAGCCAGGUUCUAUGUGGCAGAACUAACGCUGGCCAUAGAAAGUGUGCAUAAGAUGGGCUUCAUCCACAGAGAUAUCAAGCCGGACAACAUCCUCAUUGACCUGGACGGACACAUCAAACUGACUGAUUUUGGUCUGUGUACUGGGUUCCGUUGGACUCACAACUCAAAGUAUUACCAAAAAGGGAACCAUAUCCGGCAAGAUAGUAUGGAGCCGAGUGACUUUUGGGAUGAUGUGUCUAACUGCCGUUGUGGUGAUCGGCUGAUGACUUUGGAACAGCGGGCAACUCGACAACACCAGCGUUGCCUGGCACACUCUCUAGUGGGCACUCCUAACUACAUCGCCCCUGAGGUGCUUCUGCGCAAAGGAUACACACAGCUGUGUGACUGGUGGAGUGUUGGAGUAAUCCUGUUUGAGAUGCUGGUUGGCCAGCCACCCUUUCUUGCUCCAACCCCAACGGAGACACAGCUUAAGGUCAUAAACUGGGAGAAUACUCUGCAGGUGCCUCCACAAGUAAAACUGAGCCCAGAGGCAGUUGACAUCAUUGGUCGACUCUGCUGCUCAGCUGAAGAGCGUCUAGGAGGCAACGGGGCUGGAGAGAUAAAAGCUCACCCAUUCUUUGCCGAGAUGGAUUUCUCCAGCAAUCUUCGCACACAACCUGCUCCAUACAGACCGAAGAUUGCCCACCCCAUGGAUACAUCCAACUUUGACCCUGUGGAAGAGGAGGGGGGUCCAGGGGCCUGGAGUGACAGUGGAGACAGCACCCGCACUUGGGACACCCUCUGUUCUCCUCACGGCAAACACCCUGAGCAUGCCUUCUACGAGUUCACCUUCCGAAGGUUUUUUGAUGAUAAUGGCUGCCCAUUCCGUUAUCCCAAGCCCCCCGAGGCAGCGCAAGACCUGCCCAGCAGUAGUGGGGCUGAUACGCUGAAACCUGAGCUGGAGGAGGAAGAGAUUCAUGAGGAGGAAGAGCAAGGGGAAGGGUGUGAGCCGGUUUAUGUGUGAGAAUGUUGGAUCGGGUGUUCAUGCUGCUC